UAACGGUUUUAGUGCAAGUGUCAAACCAGAACUCCCAGGCUACAGCGCAAGCAGUAACAGCAACAGUAACAGCGCCAGGUCGCACACCGGGUAAUCAGCUUCACUGCAAUGUCCCAGCCAACCACCCCACGCCCGACUUCCGAAACUGCUCCAGCUCCAGCUCCCCCUCCUCCCUCCACCGCCUCCUAUCACACCCCUCCUGACGAUAAUGACCCUGCCACCUCGCCGAAGCAGCAGCCACCUUCGUAUACUCACCACCACCAUCAUCCAUACCAUCUUGAUCAGCACCACCACCACCACCAGCAGGACUCCAGCGUUUAUCCGCCAGCUGACCCCAACGCGCUCGUGCGCCGACGGCGUAAAGACUCUGUUUACUUUCAAGAUGACAGCCCCGCCUUCUCUGCCACCAGAUACAACCGUAACGUCUAUGCACUAGACAGGAGCACGGUCCUCGACGUUCAUAUCCAUGCGCGUGUCGACCGAGGCUUCUUUAUGGCCGACAACGACUGGACCUGCUACCGACGCAACUACUUUCAACUGAGCGGAGCAUUCAACUUGCAAGGCAUUGGCGUCAUUUACGAUGGCCAAGAUCUGCCGUGUCUGGUGCAGCUCGACGGCGCACUGCAUCCAGUUUCGAGUUUCAUGUUGGGUGUCACAGCCAGGAUCGCCAACAGCGAAAAAGUCAUCCCGCUGAUCCAACACACACCCAAACGCGACAAGGGACCUCAGAACACGCCUGACCAGAAACCUAUUCGACCCGGAGGCAAUCUCGCCAUGAGCACCGUCGGCGCCACCCAGUCUGUCGUCACCUUUGAGCGUAUCCAGUUCAAAUCGGCCACUGCCAACAAUGGCAAGCGACGCGCUGCGCAGCAAUACUAUCUCAUUGUCGUCGACCUGUACGCUCAACUCAGCUCUGGUGAAACCGUCGCUGUUGGCACCGUCGAGUCGUCGCCGCUUGUUGUCAGAGGACGCAGCCCAGGCCAUUAUGCAGAGGCCGAUGCAAGCCAUCAACAGCAGCAGCAACAGGAUCAGCAAACAAUGAAUUACACGCGCUUCGUUGGAUACCCGCAUCAGCAGCAACAACAACAACAACAACAACAACAGCAAGCUGGAAGUAGCAGCAAUAAUAAUGCAGCACCUGGUGGUACCGAACACGGUAGCAACAGUAACCACCACAACAACGGUUAUGACUAUUCACCUGCUGCUGCUGCUGCUGCUGGUGGCAGCUAUCCACCACCGCCUCCCAACUUGAUGCCGCCGCCACCUCCACCUGGUAUGGUCGCGCCACCCCCUGCAGGCUACCAACACCACCAUCCUCAUUCCUCGAUGCAUGAACGCAUAACAUCGGCCAGCUCUUCCUCUUCAGAAAUGUACGAGUAUGAGCAUAGCCAUACCAGGUAUCCGGGUCCACCCAUGGAACACUGGUCGCGUAUGCGCAUGUCGUCAGACGCAAGCAGCACAAGUAACAGCGUAGACCAUCCGCAGCAACCCCCUUUACCUCCUCCAGCACAACACAGCUAUGAUCAGAAUUAUUCCCAGUACUACGACGAACGAACAGGUGUGCCCAUGAGCCAUCAUCCUAGGUAACUGUGAUGUCUCUUUCCUGUAAAAAAAAACUAUGUCUUUAGAUUGUAGGGUAGAUUUACUCAGUAUACAUCUCCAGUCUACCGCCACCGCUGCCCUCUUCUUCAUCAGGAUACCAUCACCCGCCUUACGCCAGUAUGCAGACACAGCCAUGGCGACCUGUACCUGUACAAGACACCGCCAGUCGAUACAGCUCUACC